AUGCACUUGCGAUGCGUCGGCUUCUGCGGCAUCGACGACUCUGUGGACCCGCGGCUUCUCGCUGCCAUCUCGGAGAGCUACCCAUGGGUAGAGUUCGCCUCCUUGGAGUGGGUGGAUGAUCUCAAGUUCUUUGCGGAGCAUGCCAAGAUGAGGCUUGCUGGGCACCUUUGCUCCAAGUAUGUCUUAGAUCUGAUGAAGGGGAAGGGCUUCAAGCGUUUCCAGCUCAACCCCACCAAGGCCAACAACGUUGACAGCAGCAAACUGACCGCAGAGAUGGCGAAGAAUCUUGUCAAGGUGGCGGCUGAUCAUGAGGAUAUCGAGUUCAUCGUCCAACGCUCAACCCACCCGCAGGACCUCAUGGUAAACGGCUCCUGCCCCACCAACGUCUCGUUCCUCUUCGACGAGUCCAAGGGGAGAGGAGCGGUCUCGUCGCAGUACUCGCCUCCUCCUCCUCCUGCCGUCUCCUUCGGCUAUGCUGGAGGUCUGGGCCCUGCCAACAUCCGAGAGGAACUCAAGAAGAUGGAGGCUGCUGCACAAGGAAGAAACAUCUGGAUAGACAUGGAGAGCUCGCUGCGGACGAUUCUGAAGGUGAUCGCGUUGGGCCUUCUUCCGGACAAGUACAGCAAGAGAGCGAGAGAGUGA